GUAAGAUCUGGGUACGUACCUAUCUACUUUUACUUUCUCUUUACUCUAGUUUUGAGAGAAUUAAACGCCGACAGUCAGGGAGAAACCAAUGACGAACGAGCCUCGCAAAGCCUCUGUCGGAUUCGUUUUACCCAAGACAAGAAGCUCCUAGGAAUCCGGUUUCAGAAAUCUUACUGCUUGUUUUCUUCUGCACAAUGAUCAUGUUUCGCCUCCGACUUCAAGUAGAAAAGACGUCUAACGUACCCAUAGGUAACGCAGCAAUGGUCUUGCCGAGGAUAUAUCUUAUCGGCUCAAAUCUGUCUGCCCCUUUCCAACGUUCAAGUCUUGGCAGGGUCGUUACUGCUGGGCCCAAGUUUGAGAGGACGAUUUUUGAUCAGAUGAAAGAUGAUGAAGCUGGAUCGCAGUUGCAACUGCGCACAGGUCGGCAACGUUCGGCAUCCUUGGUAGCUGCUGGUGUGGUAUUCAGCUUGACUCCUCAAAUCCGAAUACAAAGAUGAUGCAGUAGCCCCCUUGAUGGACCGUUUGCCCCUCAAUUUCGCUCGUCCCUCUGCAUGGACCGGACGAAAUUGAAGAUGGCAACAGAAAAUAAAACCUCGGCAAUGUAUGUACGCGUGUACUACGGAGGUGAUUAUGAGUUGCCCAGUCUCGUGUAGCCUGGG